UUUUAUAUAUGAACUAAUACUGUCUUUUUUGUAAAAUGGCAUCAAAUAGUGGAGAAGAGACGCAACCCGCAGCCAAAAUCACUUUUAAAAUGGUUCUGGCUUCGGAUUCUUCACAACCGUACAAAGUAUUAUCCGUUCCCGAGAACGCCCCUUUUGCCGCAGUAAUCAAGUUCAGCGCAGAAGAGUUCAAACUUAAUCCAAACACUUGCGCAUGUAUUACAAGUGAUGGUGUGGGAGUAAACCCUAGUCAAACUGCAGGUGCCGUAUUCCUCAAGUAUGGACCUAAUCUCAGACUCAUACCUAGAGAUAGAGUUGGAACCAUGUAAAAUACACAACA